GAGAAGAGCCAGAGCGGUGAGCGUGGAAGCUAAGGGAGAGGAGAUGAGAGUUACCGACAUGACCUCGAAGCAGGCGCCGCACUUCGUUCUUAUCCACGGCAUCGGCGGCGGAGCUUGGUGCUGGUACAAGCUCCGGUGCCUCAUGGAGAAUUCCGGCUACAAAGUCAGCUGCAUCGAGCUCACCAGCGGCGGAAUCCACCGCUCCGACGCUAGCUCCGUCCAAUCCUUCGAUGAAUACAGCAAGCCUCUCACCGACUUCUUCUCGGAGCUGCCGGAGAAUCAGAAGGUGAUUCUGGUAGGCCACAGUGCCGGAGGGCUGAGCGUGACUCAGGCGAGUCACCGGUUCGCGAAGAAGAUCGAACUCGCCGUGUACGUCGCAGCCACGAUGCUGAGAUUGGGAUUCAUGACCGAUGAGGAUCGCAUGGAUGGAGUUCCCGACUUAUCGGAUUUUGGUGAUGUUUAUGAAGUAGAAUUUGGAGCCGAUCAGAGUCCGAUUAGUGCCGUUAUUAAGAAAGAAUUUCAGCGGAAAAUCAUAUACAAUAUGAGCCCUCUGGAGGAUUCCACUUUGGCGGCAAUGCUUCUGCGACCGGGUCCAUUACCUGCAAUACGCAGCGCCCAGUUUUCAGAAACUAGUGAUAUAGAGAAGGUGCCCCGGGUCUACAUCAAGACGAUGCAUGACAACGUGGUGAAACCGGCGCAACAAGAGGCGAUGAUAAAGAGGUGGCCGCCUUCUGAUGUGUACGUUUUGGAGAGCGACCAUAGCCCCUUUUUCUCCACCCCAUUUCUGCUAUUUGGCCUUCUUGUUAAGGCUGCAGCUUCUGUGGGAUGCCACUAGGCCUACUCAUAUCCAAUUCAAUUCUCCUAGAGAACAUAUGAUUUUUUUUUUUUGGAUUUCCAUUGGUGAAUGCAUAAAGGCAUUUGCUUCUUUAUGUGGUGAAAUUGUUGAAGGAUGGGAGAUGACAAGGACAAUUGAAAUGCAAUAGUUUGGAGUGCAAUUGAAGUGUGAAAUGUACUUCUUAUAAUUAUGUAUUGAAAUAAAAAUUUUAAUUAACAAUUGGCCUAUUA